AUGGCGGACGAGAGGAAGGACGAAGCCAAGACCCCGCACUGGGCUGCGGCUCCGCUGACGGAGGCCUCCCCACACCCCCAUUCCCCCGAGCUGAAGGAGCAGGGCGGCGCUGGGGCAGGGCUGGGCAGGAGCGCCAAUGGAUUUCCCUACCGAGAGGAGGAGGAGCCGGGGCCGGGCGGCCGGGAGCAGCCGGGGACCUACGCUGGGAGCAAGGAGAACGGAAUCAACGGCGAGCUGUCGGCGGGGGACAGGGAGACUGCAGAAGAAGUCUCUGCCAGGAUAGUGCAAGUGGUAACAGCCGAAGCUGUAGCAGUCCUGAAAGGAGAACAGGAAAAAGAAGUCCAACACAAAGAGCAGCCUGGACCACUCCCCUUAGCAGUUGAAGAGUCAGCCAACCUGCCUCCCUCCCCGCCUCCCUCGCCAGCUUCCGAGCAGACCGGAGCCCUGGAGGAAGCCACGAAGAUGGAAUUCCGUGUCCAGGAGGGCUCACGCCCUUUGGCAACAGAACCCUUAGACACAAAGCAGCCUGAAUCUGGGAAAGAGAGUAAGACUGGUGAGCAACCUAAAUAUGAUGCCUUAGUUCCACAACCAGCAAAAACAGAGGCUCUAGAUAAAAAGGAUUCACAGAGCAAAGACAAAGAGAAAAUGCCUUCACCUCUCUCAGAAUGGAUCUCGGAAACUGAUCUGCUAAAGAAAGGUGAAGGUGGUUUUGCAGAACCUGCUGCCAAGCCUCCUGCUUCUCCAGAGCUAAAGGAGCUGUCAUCUGAACUGCCCAAAGGGAAGGAAGAAAGGACUGCAGAUGCGCCCUCAUCAGCAAACCAAGUUACAUCUAUUAAAGGCGGCCAAGGCUUUGCCCUCAGCCACCCUGAAAGUUUUCCACUGCUAUCGGAACCUAAGGCAGAAGCAGCCAGAGGUGAACUUCCUUCAAGCCCAUCUCCUGCUCUCCCCCAGGACCUUCCACUCAAAGACAGUUUCAAAACAAAACAGGAAGCCCCUGACCAACUGUUUGCCAAAGAUCUGACUGAGGAUGAACAGGUCCACAAAGGCAGGACCCUCGCUCUGCAAGACCUCUCUGCAACGGUAAUGUUCGACGGCCUGAAAACCCCAAGCACCCCAAAAAUGCCUGCAUGGGGGGAGGAAAAGGACAUGACCAAGGAUGAGAGUGAUGAAGAAGAGAGGUAUGACUUCUAUGAUAAAGGGGAGGCUCGAAUAUUAGAUGAUGGUAAAUUCACCACAAAACCCGAAGCCAAGGCGCUUACCCUGGGCCAAACAGACUUUCCAAAGGAUAGCCAAGCCAAAAAGUCACCUGAUGGCCUCAAGGCUGAAAAAGAAAUGGACCAAAGUGGACUCCCAGAAACACUAGACAUGAAAAAGGAAGUGCAGCCAAGCACACAGCUGCCCCCAGCCAAGUUAAGCCAUGAACUGAUCCUUGAGCAAACAGCAGAGCACCUUCAAAGCUCUCAGCUAGCCAGAAAAGCAGAGAAAGGCCUUGAGGCACCAAGCUUAGCCACGGACAAGACUCCUACUCUAGAAGCUGCUCAAGAGAAGGAUGUUAAGAAGGAUUCCAAGGAGGAUCAGACGAGCGCUUUGGCUCCCUACCGAGUGAAAGAAGAGGAGGAUCAAUCAGGAAUGUCCAAGUAUUUUGAAACCUCUGCUCUGAAAGAGGAAGCCUUCAAAGCAGAGGCUCUGAAACAAGGCAGCGAUUACUAUGAGCUGAGUGACACUAAGGAGAGUGUCUACGAGCCUUACCGGACCAACCGCCUCAUUCCUGAAGACAAAGAGGAAGAGGAGGAAGAGCUGCAGGCAGAACUACAGCAGCAGCAGCAGGGUGUGCCUGCUCAUGAGCUGGGCUACAGUACCCUGGCACAGAGCUUUGGGUCAGACAAAUCCGAGGAACCCAGCUCCCCCACAGAAAGGAUGUUCACCAUUGACCCCAAAGUCUAUGGGGAUAAGAGAGAACUCCACAGUAAAAAUAAAGAUGACCUGACCCUGAGCAGGAGCCUGGGGCUCGGGGGCAGGUCUGCCAUUGAACAGAGAAGUAUGUCUAUUAAUUUGCCUAUGUCCUGCCUGGAUUCAAUAGCUCUGGGGUUUAGCUUUGGACGUGCGCAUGAUCUUUCUCCCCUCGCUUCAGAUAUCCUCACUAACACCAGUGGCAGUAUGGAUGAAGGGGAUGACUACUUGCCAGCAACCACACCGGCACUGGAGAAGGCUCCCUGCUUCCCUAUCGAUAGCAGAGAGGAAGAUGAGCACAUGGAAGAAGAAAAACCAACAGCAGAAGAAAAGGUCCAGCCGGAGCCCUCGGCCGAGUCGCCUUUCCUGGCCAAAGAUUAUUACAAAAAUGGGGCUGCCUUGGCUCCUGACCUGCCUGAAAUGUUGGACUUGGCAGGGACGAGAUCCAGACUGGCCUCUGUGAGCGCAGACACUGAGGUGGCACAGAAGAAAUCAGUUCCUGCUGAGGCUGCUGCGGAAGAGAGCAGCGCAGCCCCGCCGCCACCCGUGACGGACGAAAACCACGUCACGCUCAAGGCUGAAAGCCAGCUGGAGGACUUGGGCUACUGCGUUUUCAACAAGUACACAGUCCCCCUGCCUUCUCCAGUUCAGGACAGUGAGAAUCUAACCAGUGAAACCUGCCCCUUUUACGAAGGCACGGAUGAAAAACUGAGACGUGGCCUCGCCCCAGACCUGUCUUUGAUAGAAGUGAAGCUGGCCGCAGCUGAGAAAUCCAAAGAAUUCCUCGGUGCAAAAGACUUGGGUCAGCCUGCUGCUGUCGAGUCCCUCCUGGCGAGGGACUUUGAGCAGGAGAAAAAAGAGAAGCUGCAGACUGUGCUAGAGAAAAGUGAAGAGCACCUUGACCCUAAACAGGUCUUUCCCUUUACGGAAAGCGUGGCUGACAAAGUUCGUGUAGCUGAUGAUGCCAUGUAUGGCAGGAUACAAGCUUCAGAGCUAGCAAUAGGAAAGGAUGCUGUUUCUCUGCUGAUGGAGAAGGAGGAAAAGGCUCUCAGUAUCCUUCCUGAAAUAGCUGAGGUAGAAGCUGUAAUUAAACCAGAUUACAAUGCUAUAAAGCACGAUAUGGAGGUGGCCGCGAGGAGAGCUGACCAGGAAUACCAGAGUCAGUUAGAGGCUAAAAUCAGCGAGGUUGUUUCUCUUCCUUCAGGGAAGGACAAAGCCUCUGUUAAAAGAGCAGAGCCUGAACCCAAAGACACUCAGCAGAAAGAUCAGACCAUCCUGGCCAGGGAAGCAAAGGAUGCAGACGUGCUUUCCAAGACCGAGCCGAGUUACGCGAAAGAUGGCACCAAGCUGUCAGAAACAGAAAUUAAGGAGAAAGUAACCAAGCCUGAUCUGGUUCAUCAAGAAGCAGUUGAUAAGGAGGAGUCUUAUGAAUCGAGUGGAGAGCAUGACCAGACCCAGGAAGGCUUGAAUGGAGAAUCCUUGAAACCAGAGGAUAUCAAAGCAGAACCUCCAAAACCUCCUGUGCCAGGGGAAGAGUUGGUUACGCAGCUAGCAGCAAAGGAGCCUUCUGCGGAGCUCCUGCCAAAAGCUGAGCCUCUCCAGGAAGAGCCUGCUGAGAUUCAGAUGGAGAGCAUACCACAGCCUGCAGAAGGAACUGAAAAGAUUCCUGAUAGAGCUGUGCAACCCACAGACAUCCAACAGCUGCUGCCCUGCGAAGGCUCGGCUGGGACCGCAACAGGGGAAGGACAGGAGGAAGAGGAGGUCGAAGGAGGGCAAGAAGAAAAAGAAGAGGAUAAACAGCGCUUCGUAUCGGAAGUGCCCCAAGAAAGAGACUCUGGGAGAGCUGCUGCUGAAGAGGUGCUGGCCAAAGGCAGCCCAGAAUCAGUGCCUGAGCUGAAGGGCGUUAUCGAAUCGGUGGUGACCGUAGAGGAUGACUUCAUCACAGUGGUACAGACAACGGUGGAUGAGGGCGAGUCUGCCUCGCACAGUGUGCGCUUUGCCGCCACGCAGCCCGAAGACGUCGAAACUGGGGACUCCCAGGCCGAAGAGGAGCUGGAGGUGGAGGAGGUGGCUGACAUUCAAGCUGAGCCGAAGGAGGGCUCCCCAGAAGCUCCUGCUUCACCCCAGAGAGAAGAAAUCCUGCUCACCGACUACAAGACGGAGACGUGCGACGAUUACAAGGACGAAACGACCAUCGACGACUCCAUCAUGGACACAGACAGUCUCUGGGCAGAUACUCAAGAUGAUGAUAGGAGCAUCAUGACUGAACAGUUAGAGCCUGUUCCUAAAGAGGAGAAGGCAGAGAGAGAAUUGCGAAGAUCAUCUCUCGAUAAGCAUAAAAAAGAGAAACCUUUUAAAACUGGGAGAGGCAGGAUUUCUACUCCUGAAAGGAAAAUAGCUAAAAAGGAACCUAGCACACUCUCCAGAGAUGAAGUGAGAAGGAAAAAAGCAGUGUAUAAGAAAGCUGAACUUGCUAAAAAAAAUGAAGUUCAGGCCCACUCUCCUUCCAGGAAAAUCAUUUUAAAACCUGCUAUCAAAUAUACUAGACCAACUCAUCUCGCCUGUGUUAAACGGAAGCAGACAGCAGCAGGUGGUGAAACAAACCAGGCUCCUGGUGUAUUUAAACAAGCAAAGGAAAGACUCUCAGAUGGAGUGAGCAAGAGCCCUGAGAAGCGUUCCUCUCUGCCAAGACCUUCCUCUAUCCUCCCUCCUCGGAGAGGUGUGUCAGGAGAGCGGGAGGAGAACUCCCUGUCCCUCACAGCAUCUCUUCCCUCUUCAGUACGACGCACCACCCGAUCAGAGCCAAUUCGUAGCAGGGCAGGAAAAAGUGGAACUUCCACCCCCACCACUCCUGGUUCCACUGCCAUCACCCCAGGAACACCACCAAGCUACGCCUCGCGUACCCCAGGCACUCCAGGGACACCCAGCUACUCCAGGACUCCACACACUCCUGGCACCCCCAAAUCUGCCAUCCUGGUACCAACUGAGAAGAAAGUUGCCAUCAUUCGCACUCCUCCUAAAUCUCCAGCUACCCCCAAGCAGCUGAGAGUUAUUAACCAGCCCCUACCUGACCUGAAGAACGUCAGAUCCAAGAUUGGAUCCACAGAGAACAUCAAAUACCAGCCUAAAGGGGGGCAGGUACAAAUCGUAACCAAGAAGAUCGACUUGAGUCAUGUCACUUCCAAGUGCGGCUCCCUGAAGAACAUCCACCACAAGCCAGGAGGCGGGCGUGUGAAAAUCGAGAGCGUGAAGCUGGAUUUCAAAGAGAAGGCUCAGGCUAAAGUUGGUUCCCUGGAAAAUGCUCACCACGUGCCUGGCGGUGGCAACGUCAAGAUCGACAGCCAGAAGCUCAACUUCAGAGAGCACGCCAAAGCCCGUGUGGAUCACGGGGCGGAGAUCAUCACACAGUCACCAGGCAGGUCCAGUGUGGCUUCGCCACGCAGACUCAGCAACGUCUCCUCUUCUGGCAGCAUCAACCUGCUGGAGUCACCCCAGCUUGCUACCCUGGCUGAGGAUGUCACGGCGGCCCUCGCUAAGCAGGGCUUAUGA